AUGUGUUGCGGGUCCAGUUUGCCUGCACCCUUGUUAUCUCAUCAAACCUUCGCUUUCCUCAUUAUAGCGGAUGAGCCCAAUAUCGAUUACUGUGCUGCUAAGUGUGUAUUCGUACAGAACUUAAGUGCAGCUUCUGGUUCUACCCCCACUCUGCCCCGAGCGGAGGGGGAGGGCCCUCGGGCCCCCUUGGUGCGUCGUGAUCCUGAGGAGGCAGCUCAGGAGACCUAUGACGAGUUCAUUCGUGCUGAGUUGGGUGAGGCGGCGGUUAGGCAGGCGGCCUAA